UUGAGGCCACUGCGAGAAGAACGGGUCCAGGCAAGGCAUAGCAAUAUUCAUAUUUAGCAGCACGAGCAGCAGCAACAAUAAUAACAAGCAGUUUGUCCGGUUAUGUAGGCAGGAGGAGAGAUGAAACGCAUGGUGCCAGCUUCAGCCAAAGACACGGAUGGAGACACGGGACUGUGAUUUGCAGGAUGUGGCGGCGCUCCUGUCAUACAGACAGACAUUGAAGAAGAGGCGGACCUUGUGAAUCGUCUAACCUCAGACUGCACGUUUCCUGUGUGGGAGCCUCUUUGGUUUUUUCUGGCUGAAGUCUUUAGUCUCAUAAAUAAUGUAGCAGAAGUUUGACCGCCUCUAAACGCCGUCGUUAUCGUGGUUUGUUGUUUGUUCUUCUCCCUCGAUGGGGCAGAGCUUCACCCUCGUUUGUAAAUUGGUAGACUGAUGUGGUGCAGGUGCCCCCCCCCCACACUGAAGUAAUCUGACUGAUCAUUGAGCCCCUCGGCGCCUCACGCCUUUCAGGAGGAUGAACGGCUCCCUUUUAACCCCACCCAGCCCUCGGGCGGCAAACUCCUCCCCUUUACCUCCAUCUCCCUCCCCCUCUCCUUCCCCGCCCUCUCCUUCCCUGCUGCCCUUGUCCUCGCGCCCUCCCCCUCUCCCUCCGCUGAUGAGCCCGCCAUCCCAGGCCCAUCCGUCCUCGCUGUCGGACACGCCCACGCCAUCGCCCUCACCUUGCUUGAGCUGGACCGAAUUCUGUGAGCUCCACGCCCGCGUCGCAGCCGGCGACUUUGCACGUCACUUCCGGGCGUUUCUCUUAGAGAACCCGCACUACUCCGCAGACUCUGCCGCUGCCUUCUGCCGCCGCUUCACCGACCGCUUCGUUCGCCAUUUCCAGAGCGAGCUGGAGGGGGCUCUCCCGCCGAGCUGUUCCUCUGCACGGGAUGAAAUGGUGAGCUGGGCUCCCCAGUCAGACGCUACGUCUCUGGAAGAGGAGGCGGUCUCGCCGCUGUCCACGACUGGAGGGGCGGUCCCCCUGUGCCCUCCGACUAACACGACGAGGGGCACGAAGCCAGCGCCGGCACGUCUUGUGUUGGAGAACCGUGGCGGGGACAGGUUUCAGGAUUCUUAUGCCCACAGCCAAGUCAUGCCUCCAUCAUCUUCGUCAUCGUGCUGCUCUUCCGUAGGAGGGAACAACGGGAGGCGUGAGGAGAGUCGAAGCGUGGUGGCUCCAGGGAACGGCGACGCGCCUGUGGAGGAAGAGGAGGACAGCUGGCUCGGGGCGGCGUCCGUCGGCGAAGAGCUAGAAGAACGGGAAGCGGACUCGUCAGAGGUGGACAACGCAGACUCCUCCCACACUCCUCAGAAUCCACCCUCCUCAGUCACUCCUCCGCCCGGCUCCAAGGUGAGCGGCACGCCUGGCUCCUCCAAAAACAAGCUGAAGAAGCGUUUCUCGCUGCGGAACGUGGGGCGCAGCGUGCGGGGCAGCGUGCGAGGCAUCCUGCACUGGCGCAGCUCCUCCAGCGACGCCACGCAGGCGCAGCUGCCCUCCAGCUACAGCUACACCAUGGGCGUGCAGGACACCUCUAAGAGGACCUCUGGCACUCAGCCUCCUACACCCACCUCCUCCAUGCCUGUUUCUCUGUCCAUGCCCCUCUCGCUUCCUCAUUCCUCCUCCUCCUCACUGCCCCCUUCGUCAUCGAGCAGCGCCACCUCCCUGUCGUUGUCAGAAGCCGCUCGGGAUCGGCGGCGGAGCAACGGCGAAGGAAGCGAGAAGGAGAAGUGGAGCCAUCGUCUGGAGAAGCUCAGAUUGUCACGAUCCCCUCCUCCCAUCCUCACCUCGACCGCCUCCAGCUCGCACUCUGCAACGCUGCCUCCGAGCAGCGCCGCCGCCAUGGGUCCUCCGAGGAAGGUGGGCCGGCUGGUACGGGAGGGCGGGGUGAGCGUCAGCUCAUCCAGUGACGAGUGGAGCGGCAGCCACGGCUUCUCCGGCUUCUCCUUCGGUCUGCUGCAUCACAGUACGGACAACAAUCCUGCCUCAGCGCAGUCUCCUGGAGCACAGCCGCCACCGGUGCAGUCUCUCGCCAGCGGGGGGAACGUGCCCUGGAGGGGAGGACGCUGGCACAAAUGUCGGCUGGUCCUCCGAGAGCGGGACAGAGAAGGUGGCGAGCGUGGAGAGGAGUACUACCUGGAAUUCUUCAUCCCACCCAAAUCAUCGAAGCCUCGGCUGACUGUGCCCUGCUGCUCCAUCGUGGAUGUGAGGAGCACCACGGCGCUCGAGGUCCCCGACAAGGAGAACACCUUCCUGCUGCAGCUGGACGGGAUGACGCAGUACGUGAUCGAGACGCGAGACGCCGUUCAGAUGAGGGCGUGGCUCAGUGACAUCAGGAACGGCAUCUGUCUCAGUGAACAGGAAGAUGUCGAGGGUGUGUGCGGGGGGCUGUUGGACAUCAGCGGGACGCCUGAGAUCGGUGACCGUCUUUCACAAGUGUGUUAUGGUGGGAUCGGAGGCUCCUCGCCUCUGAUGGAUCCUCUCCCGCCCGAGCUGCCACCUCGAGCGCCUCUCGAUGAACCAGAUGGCCGGAUUCACGGAGGGGGCGGGGCUAGUCUCGGCACACCGUUUGCCGAGACGCCAGACGCCACAGGGUCUUUCCUCUUCUCUGACGUGACGCCGGUUGAGGCGGUGGAGCACCCGCUCAGCGAGUGUCAGUGGUUCCACGGCACGCUGUCCCGCCUCAAAGCCGCUCAGCUAGUGCUGGCUGGAGGCCCGGCGAGCCACGGCGUCUUCCUGGUCCGUCAAAGCGAGACGCGGCGCGGAGAAUACGUCCUCACCUUCAACUUCCAGGGAAAAGCCAAGCACCUCCGCCUCUCGCUGAAUGAGGACGGUCAGUGUAGAGUGCAGCACCUGUGGUUCCAGUCCAUCUUCGACAUGCUCGAGCACUUCCGCGUGCACCCGAUCCCCCUGGAGUCCGGCGGCGCCUCCGACGUCACGCUCAUCAGCUUCGUGGGAGCUACCGCCAUUCGGCAGCCAGACUUGACCAGCAGACCCCGUAGCCCUCCUCAGCCUCCUCCCCUGCCGCCGGGCCGCCCCCCGCCCCCGACUCCGCCCCAGGAGAGAGGAAAUGAAAUGGAGGUUGGAGCAGCAGCAGCGGUGUCGGCAGUGACAGUCACAACCACAGGAGGAAGCGGAGGAAGUGGAGGCGGCGUGGAGGACUGGGAGGAGAGGGACAGGGACACGCCUCUCCGCCAACUAGAAGCUGCAGACGGAGAAGAGAGGGAGGGAGCGAGGGUGCCCCGAGCCAUCGAUAACCAGUACUCCUUCUUCUGAUGGAGGAGGAGGCGUAUGUGUGUUUGAGUGUGUGUGAAAGUUGGAUUGGAUGAGGCGGCGUACAUCAUAGCCAUUCAUAACCAGUAUUUUAAUUUUGUUAGCGAGGAGGAGGGGAGGAGUAAAAGUACUAACACUAUGUGAGAGAGAGACGUAGAGGCGGGUGAGCGCAGCUUUGACACUAACGAGCGGUACAUUUCUUUAUAGCCAGAUAAGCUUUGUUUUGUUUUGCCGGUACGCCUCGCAGCAGGCUCAGCCCUGUGACGCCGGCAGACCCGACGAUACCUCACAGCGGUCCUGUCAGGACGGCACACGCUAGCCAGAGGCCAAACAUGCUACAGAUAUUCCUGCUUUGGCAGCCAGACCCGAAACAUCGCGGCGCCGCAGCAAACCGAAAGCGCCGGAAAUGUUGACUAAAAAUGUCGUUUUGAAGCCGCGCUCGGCCAGGUAGCAGUUUAUGAACCCCCACACUAACAUUUAAACUCCGCCCACACAUGUGACUGCUUGUAUUAAUACUACAGAUGAUGUUAACACUAAAGCCACUAUUUACGUUCACUGCUUCACUUUCACAGGUCUUAGUUUAAAUGGUGGAAUCACGUUUUUCCGAACCUUCGUCCCAAACAGUCUGUUUUUAGCGUCGUCAGGACGCCGAGGUGCACGUUGUCGUUUCACUGUGGCGCUCUCACUGAGCUGACGGUACGUUCAGCUGCUGCUAUUAUUUAUUCUAGAAACGCCUUUAAAGCAACACGAUGGUGACGUCUGCACCGGGAUGUUUGUUGGUCGGUGGUGAUCGGAUCCAAGGAAAAACACUGACUGAAUGUGAGGCGCCGCAGGCUGACGCCUUCAUGAGACUUACUGUCAUUAGUUCUUGAAGUCUGAGCAUGUUUUGGGUUCGUUUUAUUUUCACUUUUGGACACAAAUCGGUGCGUUAACUUUUUUAUUAUAUUAAACGUCGUUAUUGCCAGUGUGAGACUGUAACGAUACUCGCUGCUGUUGGACUGAGUCUGCCAAUCAUCACCUUCAUCACGGGGGGGCGGGGGCAAUGUUCGGUGAGCUGCUCGUCACUUCCUUUAAAAUGUCACGUGUAAGUUUAGUUUGGCCUGUGGUGUCGGCAUCAUUCUUAGUGGACUCGUGAGCAUUGAAAUGGCUUUGUUUUAAUUUAGCUUAAAGUCCGACUUUCUUGACUCGUACGUCUUUAAAAAAACGUUGCUCGGUCUUAAACGGACAUUUUUAAGUGGAGUCUGAGUUUGUCAGCAUUAAAACAUCAGAUGUCAUCAGUGGCGUUUGGUGCGGCUCCUCAGAUUUUUGUUUUUCAAAUUUAAAUGCAGUUUUUGAGAAUUUGAAUAAAAUUUUAAUAAAGCCAUAAAUUGGCACAUUUACAAAAUUUAAUAAAAUUUUAUUUAUAUAGCACCAAAUCACAACAGUCGCCUCACCGCACUUUAUAUUGUGAUGCAUUCAUGAGGUGACGAAUAAAAAUCGUAGCGUUUUCCUGCAGCGUCCGUCACGGCUGUUUUAAAUUCUUAAACGUGUCCCAGGCCUGUGCAGCUCAAACUCCACGUGGAGCCCGCUGUGACUCUAAGUGGGCGGGGUCAGUGAGACGCUGUGUAAGAAAGUGUAACCAUGUUUAGAAACCCCUGACAUGUUAAUGUAAGGAAAAGCGCACAUUCAGCAGCGUGUCUGUUUUUCUACAUGUUACACUGAUGUUGGCGUGCACGUGACGACGCUGAUGUCGUCGUUUCUGUAGCAGUUACUGAAGACGCGCAGCUGUUCUCAUUUCAGUUUCACGUAGUUUGGUGCGACGUGAUUGGCCGCGGUCAUUAUCAGCAGGAGAAGCUGUAAAACUAAAAUCUACACCACCCUCCACCUUCUCCAAAAGCAUCCAGUGGGCCAGAUAUGACUGCUGGGCCAAUCCUGGCCCCCAGGCCUUAUGUUUGACACCCCUGAUUUAGAGUGAUAUUUAAUUUA